UCAGGAAAUGACACUGAUGUGGAGGCCCCCUCGCGGCCUACUUCCCCCGCUGCAGCCGCGGCCUUUCCUAGUACCGCAGGCCGAGGGCGAGGCCUCAAGGAUCGGCAUGGCGGCGGCGGUGCGGGUGGUGCGCCUGGGCCGGGUCUCCUUAAAGGCUUCCCUGGAGGUUCAGGAUUCCAUGGUGAGGCUCCAACGAGAGGAAAGAAGCCCCGAAGGCCUGGCCGGGCGGCUCCUCGUCUGGGAGCCCGAGGCGCCGGUGUACACAGUGGGCCUGCGCGGCCUAGGAGUCGGCUCCGAAGCCCCGGCGUGGGAGUGGGAGCUAGGCCGGCUGAGGGCGCUGGGGGCCGGGCUGGUUCGCGUGCGGCGCGGGGGGCUGUGCACCUUCCACGGUCCCGGGCAGCUGGUGGCCUUCCCGGGGCUGGACCAGCGGAGGCUGCCCGGGAGGCCCCCGCUGCGCGCCUUCGUGGCCCAAGCGGGAGAGGCCGCCGCCCGUCUCUGCCGAGGAGAACCCUUCGGCCUCCGCCACGCCCGGCCCAGGCCGCCCCCGCACACCGGCGUCUGGCUCCAGGGAAGGAAGGACGCCGCCAUCGGGGACGAUGAGGAACGGGAAGGAGGUGUGCACUGUGGGCAUCACAUCACCUCCCACGGCUUGGCUCUGAAUUGCUGCACCGACUUGACGUGGUUCGACCACAUCGUUCCCUGCGGCCUGGAAGGGACCGAGGUCACCUCCCUGAGCAAAGAGCUGCAGAGGCACGUCUCGGUGGAAGAAGCGCUCGAGCCCUUCCUGGCUGCCUUCCAAGAAGUCUUUCAGUGCACUUUAAUCGAGGACGAGUCUCCCAAAACAAAAGAGAACGGCGGUUUCUAG